AUGACUGAACAAAAUCAAACGAAGAGUCAAAACGCGUCUACGGAACCUCAAAGACCACAGAAUGUUGGUAUUAAGGCCAUCGAGAUUUACAUUCCAUCACAGUGUGUUAACCAAGCUGAGUUGGAAAAGUACGAUGGUGUUUCUUCUGGUAAGUAUACCUUGGGUUUAGGUCAAACUAAUAUGUCUUUUGUGAAUGAUAGAGAAGAUAUUUACUCUAUGUGUUUAACCGUAUGCUCUAAGUUGUUAAAAAACUAUAACAUUGACCCAAAUAGUAUUGGUAGAUUAGAGGUUGGUACGGAAACUUUGCUAGAUAAAUCCAAGUCCGUGAAAUCCGUCUUGACGCAGUUGUUUCCAGAAAAUCCAGAUACCGAGGGUAUUGACACUGUCAAUGCAUGCUAUGGUGGUACUAAUGCUUUGUUUAAUUCGGUGAAUUGGAUUGAGUCCAGCGCUUGGGACGGUCGUGAUGCCAUAGUCGUUUGCGGUGAUAUCGCUAUUUAUGACAAGGGUGCUGCUAGACCUACUGGUGGUGCCGGUACUGUCGCUUUGUUGGUUGGUCCAGAUGCUCCAAUUGUAUUGGAUUCUGUCAGAGGCUCAUACAUGCAACACGCUUAUGACUUUUACAAGCCAGACUUCACUAGCGAGUACCCAUAUGUUGAGGGUCAAUUCUCAUUGACAUGUUACGUUAGAGCCGUUGACCAGGCUUACAAAGCUUACUCUAGAAAGGCAAUUGCCAAGAACUUGGUUAAAAAUCCAGCAGGGCCAGAGGCUGUUAACGUCAGAACUUUCUUCGACUAUAAUGUCUUCCACGUCCCAACUUGUAAGUUGGUCACCAAGUCGUACGGUAGAUUGCUUUACAAUGAUUACAGAGCUAAUCCAAACUUAUAUCCUGAAAUCUCUUCCGAUUUCUCCAACGUUGACUACGAAGCUUCCUUGAUAGAUAAGAACAUCGAAAAAACUUUUGUGUCUGCUGCCAAGAAGUUGCAUGAAGAGCGCGUUGCUCCUUCAUUGAUUGUCCCAACUAACACUGGUAACAUGUACACAGCUUCCUUAUACUCGGCUUUAGCCUCCCUUUUAUUCCACGUUGGAAAUGAUGCAUUACAGGGUAAACGUAUUGGUUUGUUCUCCUACGGUUCUGGUCUUGCUGCAUCUUUGUUCAGUGCCAGAGUCGUCGGUGACAUCAACCACAUUGUUAGAGUCCUAGAUUUGGACAAUAAGCUCCAAACUAGAAAGACUCAAAGCCCUGAAGAAUACGAAAAAGCGAUUGGGUUAAGAGAAAAGGCACACUUGCAAAAGUCCUUCAUUCCAACCGGCUCCAUUGAAUUGCUACAACCAGGUACUUACUACUUAACUGGCGUUGAUGACAGAUACAAGAGAUCAUAUGCCGUCAUUGAGUAA